CUAGCCGCACUCAGCUGUUGUACUUUCACCGUAAUCAUUCGACGGCAGCGGUGAACACAUCCCAAACCCAUUCCAAUCUAGAAAAGAUCUCCCUUAUCCAAUCCAUAUCUGAAAACAAAUAAGAUAAAGAUGGCUGCUACUGCUCCGGUGAUCAUGCGAGUCAUGGCGUCCUCGAUAAGCACGGCCAAGCGGGCUGGCGGGAUCAUCCGCGAUGUGCUCAAAAAAGGCGACCUGGGUAUAGUGGACAAGGGAAAGAAUGAUCCCCAAACGGAGGCAGAUCGCUCCGCCCAGCGCUGCAUCAUUGCUUCGCUGGCUAAAAAGUUUCCAACAGUGAAGAUCAUUGGCGAGGAAGGAGGUUCCGAUCUGAACGUCUGCGACGAUUGGCUGGUCACCGAGCUGGAUGAAGGAUUCCUGCAGCAAAGCUGUCCGGCGGAGUGGAAGGAUGCGAAGCCCGAGGACUUUGUGAUAUGGGUGGAUCCCCUGGACGGCACAGCGGAGUACACACAGGGACAUGUGGAGCACGUCACCGUACUGAUUGGCAUAGCUGUCAAGGAUGCUGCGGUGGGCGGCAUCAUCCAUCAGCCCUUCUACAAGCAGCCCGACGGCGAACUGGGCCGCACUAUCUGGGGUCUCAAGGGUCUGGGCACGGGAGGAUUCACAGCGGUGCCCGCACCAGCCGGCCAGUUCAUCAUAACCACCACUCGCUCGCAUUCCAAUGCCCUGCACCAGCAGGCUCUAAAUGCCUACGCAUCCACAGAGGUCCUGAAAGUGGGAGGCGCCGGCUUUAAGGUGCUGCAGCUUCUGGAGGGCAAGGCCCAUGCCUACGUGUUUGCCACGCCGGGCUGCAAGAAGUGGGACACCUGCGCACCCGAGGCGGUGCUGGAGGCCCAAGGCGGCACCCUGACCAACAUCAAUGGCGAGCACUACGCCUACCACGCGGAUGUGGAGCACGUGAAUCGUCAGGGAGUGCUGGCCAGCCUGGGACAAAACCAUGCCGAACUGGUGGAGAAGAUACCCGCCGAGGUGCGGGCGGCAGUGGGAGCCAAGUGAGAUGCCAUUCGAUUCCAGCACUUUAUUAGUUUAUUUGCACUUAAAGUAAACACAUAAGUUAAGCAAUAACAAGUUAGAAAAUUUGACAAUUGUUAA